GCGGAGCCCGGUCAGUGCUACCGGCGGUGGGGACCGGUGCCGGUCACCGGCGCGGCGCGGGCUCACGAUGAUCGUGUGUCCACAGAGCGUGGAGCACCCCCGAGGAAGCCGGUGCCAGCGGCUGCCGGGGCAGGUAGUGAAGAUGUCCGGCAGCGAUCCCGAGCGGCCCCAGCUCCUUUUCGUGAAGGUGCUGGCGAGCUGGGGGCGGCUGGAGGCGGUGACCCAGCAGAUGGGCUACCACCCGCAGUACCUUGACAGCUUCCUCAAGACGCAGCACUACCUGAUGCACAUGGACGGGCCGCUGCCCUUUGACUGCCGGCACUACAUCGCCAUCAUGGCAGCUGCCCGGCACCAGUGCCGGUACCUGGUGAACCUGCACGUGCUGCAGUUCCUGCGCGCGGGGGGAGAUCCCCAGUGGCUGCGUGGCCUCGACUUCAUCCCCCCAAAACUCCGCAACCUCAAUGAGAUCAACAAGAUCCUGGCGCACCGGCCAUGGCUCAUCACCAAGGAGCACAUCGAGAAGCUGCUGAAGAUCAGCGAGUGGAGCUGGUCGCUGGCAGAGCUGGUGCACGCUGUUGUCCUCCUGGCCCACUGCCACGCACUCGCCAGCUUCGUGUUCGGCUGUGGCUGUGAGCAGGACGAGGGGCCUGGGGGCCGGGCCGUGCUGAAGCCUUUGUCCCCCGGGAACCAGUGCUUCUGUGAAGCCACCACUGGCAACAGCUGCAGCCAGGAGCUGCUGCGCAUCAACCGCAAGCGGUCCCUGGACUCCUGCAUGGAGCUGGAUUCCCUCCGGGAACGCAUGCAGCGGAUCCACGUGGAGACAGAGGGCAGGGAGGAGGCCAGGCUACUGCAGCAGGACCGAGAGGAAGAUGCCGACGGGGCACUCACCGGUGCUGCCAACCUCGCGUGCUACAUGCAGGACCCCGACUUCGGGUACCAGGACUUUGCCCGACGUGAUGAGGAUCAGACGCAGGUAUUCAGAGUCCAGGAUUACUCCUGGGAAGACCAUGGCUUCUCACUGGUCAACCGCCUCUACUCUGACAUCGGGCAUCUCCUGGAUGAGAAGUUUCGUAUGGUGGAUGGUCUGCAGAGCAGCACCAUGGCCAAGCGGCAAGGCUGCGAACCCUCGGUCUUCAAGCGAGGCAUCUGGAACUACAUCCACUGCAUGUUUGGCAUUAGGUACGAUGACUACGACUAUGCAGAAGUGAACCAGCUCCUGGAGCGAGCGCUCAAGGUUUACAUUAAAACUGUCACCUGCUACCCGGAGAAGACAAACUCAGAAAUGUUUGACAGGUUCUGGAGGCAGUUCAAGCACAGUGAGAAGGUCCACGUGAACUUGCUCAUCCUGGAAGCCCGGAUGCAGGCAGAGCUGCUGUACGCGUUGCAAGCCAUCACCCAGUACAUGGUCUCCUAGGCCGUGGGGAGCUGCGCU